CCGAGAGUAAAGAGAUCUGGAUCCUGGUCCUGGCUUUUCUGUGUCAUUCAGGGUUCUUGUGGAAGUCAGACCAAACAGCAGGAAGGUAUUGCAGCAAGAUGGAUUUGGGAAAGGACCAGUCUCACUUGAUGCUCCAUCAGAUACCUGAUCCUCAUCAAGAAGAGAACCAUGUUCCAGAAGUCAUUGGAACUUGGAGUUUAAGAAACAGAGAGCAACUCAGAAAAAGAAAAGCUGAAGCACAAGAAAAGCAAACUUCACAAUGGCAAUUUGGAGAGAAAAAACAUAAGCGGCAGAGAACAGGAAUAAGAAGUGAAAGAGGCAGAAAGAGACAACAAAAUACAGAAACGAAGGUGGAGCCUCUGUCACAAUUAGAAAAGGAAAUGAUGGAGAAAGCACCAGCAUCUACAGAGAAAGAAACUGAACCACCCAGGAGUGUGACCGAAGCUCUCCUUCCGGUAGCCUCCACGCAAAGAGUUGUGCCCAAGAAACAUUUUUCUGAAAUAGGUCAAGAAAGCAUUAUCCAUCAGGAAAAUUCUUCUGAAUACCAAGAAACAGCAGUACAAAACCACCCUUCUGAAGUACUCCAAGAUAUGGCUGAAUCUGGAGACCUCUCUCCUAAAAUGUACCAAGAAAUAGCUGUAUUUCAAGACCAUCCUUCCCAAAUGCGCCAUGAUAUGGCUCAACCUGAAGACCUCUCUCUUAAAAUGUGCCAAGAAACCGCUGCAGCCAAAGCCCUUUCUUCUAAAACAUCUGAAGAUGUAGCUGACCUGGAAGGAUGCCCUCUUGAAGCAUACCCCAAACCAGAUGUGCCUAAAGGCUACGCUCUUGAAACAUACCAAAAAAGAGCUGAACCUGAGCAACACAAUUCUGAACUAGGUCAAGGAAUAGCUGAGACUGAAAAUUUUGUUCCUAAAGCACAAGAAAUAGCUGUGCCUAAAGAGCUUUCUAUAAAAACGUACCAAGAAACAGUUGAACCUGAACACUUUUCUCAUAAAACAUAUAAAGAAAUCGCUGUGUCUAAAGCCCCCUCUCAUAAAACAAUCCAAGAAACACCUGCUCCUGAAAAAUAUUCACCUGAAAUAUACCAAGAAACACCUGGGUCUGAAGAAUAUUCACCUGAAAUAUACCAAGAAACAGCUGGGCCUGAAGACUAUGCACCUGAAAUAUACCAAGAAAUACCUGGGCCUGAAGACCUCUCUACUAAGACAUAUAAAGAUAAGGAUGUACCUGAAGAAUGCUUUCCAGAGCUGUGCCAAGAAAGAGGUGGGCCCCAAGACCAGGAUCCUAAAGCACACCAGGAAGAUGCUAAGGAUGUUUAUAUUUCUCCUUGAGAAAUGAAGGAAAAACCCAAAGCAGAGGAACCAGAGAUACCAGCAAUUCCAAACGUUCCUCAAGAGAUUCAACCAGAAAAUAAAAUUUAUAGUUGUUUUGUUUUAACAAUGUGCAAC